AUGACACCCGCAUCACAGAUCCCGGUCCCUGCGCUCCCUUCCCCGCAACUCGCAGAGGUUGGGACGGGACUGUCCCGUCUGCUUCCUCUGUCCCGCAAGGGAGUUGGACCGGGCAUGAUCAUUCUGGUCCCGGACACAGAUAAGAGCCUGGCCAUUGAAAAUGGAGUACCCUCGCCAUUGAUCAAAUGGGGAGAGGAAGGAUAUACGGUCAUCCAGGUCCAAGCCUCGGCACUGGCGGCUUACGAUGCUAAGAGUCUCCUCGAGAAAGCGAUUCAAGCUCUGACCGAAUGUGAUAAGUGCGAGCCUAAACGAUCCAUUGGACUCGUCGCAUACAAUCCUGCUCUCUGGGAUGCACUUGCUCCGUCACUGGACUCCUUCAAGGAUGUCAUGGCAUCAGUAGCGGUAUAUGCUACCGCAGCGGAUGCAUCGAUGUUGCAGUCCUGCUCCAUUCCAACCAUCCAGCAUCUUGCCGGUAAAGCAGCAGAGAAGCCGACACGGACAGAACAAUCCACUGUAUUCGAUUACCCCGGUGUCAGUGACUUUGCAUUCGCGACACCAUUUACCCCGGCAUUCGAUUACAGACUCGAGGGUCUUUCGCAUACUCGGACCCUCACUUUCUUCAAGCCCAAAAUGGGCGGUCCGUAUUUCGACCUCGAAGCCAUCUGGGAAGAGCACACAUACUGGGAAUUCGAAAACCGGUCUGUAGAACACACCAUGAGUACUAUGGCCCAGGAGCCUUAUGUCAAUCAUAUUCCAACAUUGACCGGCGGUGUUGGCCGCGACAAACUCACCAGUUUCUACCGGAACCAUUUCAUCUUCAGUAAUCCUGAUGAUGCCGAGUUGGAGCUCGUCAGCCGGACGAUUGGUAUUGACCGUGUGGUCGACGAAUUCAUCUACAAAAUCACCCAUGAUAGAGAAAUAGACUGGCUACUACCGGGAAUUCCCCCUACUGGCCGCAAACUGGAAAUCCCGUUCAUGGCGGUCGUGAACAUUCGCGGAGACCGUCUCUACCAUGAGCAUAUUACGUGGGAUCAAGCAACCGCUUUGGUGCAAUUGGGUUUGAUGCCGGAGUAUCUGCCAUUCCCGUACCCUCUUGCUGACGGGAGGACUGCGGCGCCGAAUAAGAAGCUCGAGGUGCGAGUACCGGCUGAUGGGAUGGAUACUGCUGCAAAAUUGAGGGAUCGCAAUGCGGUCGAGUCGAAUGCGAUGCUGAAGUUUAAAGUCCGGGAGGUUUAG